ACUCUCCAGACUUACAUUGAUCGGUUUCUGUUACCUACUCUACUCCAUCAACUUCCUCCAGUAUCUAUUUACUAUCCCAAGAUGAGAUUCUCUAUUGCGACGAUUGCUCUGUUUGCUGGAGCUGCCAUGGCACACCCAGCCAACCUCGAAACAUCCCUCGAAACGCGUGAGCUGCGUACCGCCUGCUCUGGCCUCCUUCAUGGCACUCCUCUCUGCUGCUCCACCAGUAUUCUUGGUCUGGCCGUUCUAGACUGCUCUACCCCAAAGAGUGCCAGGAACGGCGAGGACAUGAGGCGGAACUGCAACGGAAAGCAGCCCCAGUGCUGCACCCUGGGAAUCAGCGAAAUCGCCCUUCUUUGCCAGAGGCCCAUUGGAGCUUGAUAGAAUAGCUCGUGGUGCGGCAGCAAUGGUGGAAGCUACGGCUGGCAGUAUACUCUUGUUUUAUUCUCUUGAUCAGAACUCCGAAUACACGAAAACCUUGAGCUCGCUCUCUAGGAGAAAUGUCAGGAAUUUAUCCUUGGUCCAGCACGGCAUGCCACAGCUUGCACGCUUUGAAGGCAGUCUAAACUACAGAAUAUUGUCUA